CUGGGGGCGAGCGAGAGAGAUUAUGUAGGCUGUACACAACUGUUGUUUUAAUCCCCGGACCGAAGAGAUUUAGCAUAAAAAACACGGGUUUCUCCUUUAGCAGCCAUAUUGUAUGGACUAUUGUUGGAAAAAGCAGUAUUUCAGCAGCAAAAGUCAUUUUAAGGAGAACCUUGACAAGACUCUGGGAAAGUUGAUCUUCAACCCACUGGCGGUGGGAUUCAGUUCAACAGCUAGCUGUCCAGCUGGCUGAGGAAUUUCACAGAUUGGGGAUAGUAUUUUUAAGAUAUAGAUUUCUAUAUUUAUUUAUUUUUUAGCUUGUUUUAUUAACAGUCGUCAAGAUGAAGGACCGAUUGGAACAACUUAAAGCGACAUGUGACAAUGACGAUGAAGAAGUGGAAAUUGCCAUCGACAAUGCAGCUUUUAUGGAUGAGUUUUUCUCUCAGAUCGAGGACAUCAGGAACAGUAUUGAUAAGAUUGAUGAGAAUGUGUCUGAAGUCAAGAAGCUCUACUCAGUCAUCCUGUCUGCCCCCACAUCAGACCAGAAAACACAGGAUGACUUGGAGGCUGUCACCAACGACAUCAAGAAGAUGGCUAACAACGCCCGGAACAAACUCAAAACCAUCGAGAGGAAUCUGGAGUCUGAGGAAGAGGAGAGGAUUUCAGCCGACAUGCGGAUUCGCAAAUCACAGCAUGCAGUGCUGUCCAGGAAGUUUGUGGAAGUGAUGACCAAGUACAAUGAGGCCCAGGUGGACUUCAGGGAGAGGAGUAAAGGACGCAUCCAGAGACAGCUAGAGAUCACUGGCAAAGCCACAACAGACGAGGAGCUGGAGGAGAUGUUAGAGGGUGGAAACUCAGCCGUCUUCACUUCAGGGAUCAUGGACUCUGGGAUCUCGAAGCAGGCUCUCAGUGAGAUUGAGGCGCGACACAAAGACAUUGUGCGUCUAGAGAGCAGCAUCAAAGAGCUGCACGACAUGUUUGUAGACAUCGCCAUGCUGGUGGAGAGCCAGGGUGACAUAGUAAACAACAUAGAGGUGCAAGUGUCUAAAGCUGUGGACCACAUAGUAGUGGCUAAGACUGAGACCAAAAAAGCCAUCCAGUACCAGAGCAAAGCACGCAAGGGCGGAAUGAUUGAGAGGAUUGAGAACAACAUGGACCAAUCGGUGGGCUUCGUAGAGCGGGCGGUAGCUGACACUAAGAAAGCCGCCAAGUUUCAGCAGGAGGCCCGUCGUAAGACAAUCAUUAUAGCAGUGGUCUGUACUGUGCUUGCUGUCCUCAUCCUCGCCAUCAUCCUAUCACAGACAGUAGGGUAAUAGAGGGACCACGGCCCCCACCCACCCAACUUCUCCAUCUUCAUAAUCACUCUAGUCUGCCCUCCUCCAGCUGUAACGGCAAAAAGGGGGAUGUAGCCUCAACUAAUCACUCCCGUUGCCCUGGGAUCCUCCCCCUCUCUUACUGUAUAUCUGACCAAUAGAAAAAGGCCCAGCCAGUGGGACUGGCUGGUGUCUUCCCUGAUGUGGCUGAGAGGAUGAGUAUCAGGUGGGAGAGAAACAAGAGGACCAAAGCUGAGACUGUUUAUGAGCCUCUGAUAAGGCCAAUAAAAGGGAAUCUGAAGAAAUUGAUAUCUUUACCCUCACACAACUAAAUGGACACCAUGCAACACACCAUGAAAUUCUCUGAACUGCUUUCUAUGUAUCCAAUAAUGUAAAUAAUGUGAUUGAUCUUGAUCCACACUGAAGGGAAUUGAUGACACUCCUCUCCCCAAUACAAAAACCUCCAUUGACUUAAUGUACCCCUGCCACCACCGUGCCUUAUUGUCUUGCCAUGAUGACCCUCCAAGCUGAAAGGUAACCAGCCAUCCACAGCCUCCUCCAGCCCACAGAGGAAAUGGUGCAUUGUUUAUCUCACCUAUGAUUAUUGUACUGAGGAUGGAAACCAGUGUAUUUCAAUUCAGUUUAUGUAAAGCAAUGUGCAUGUGUUUGAUGCCACUUGAAUAGUUUUUUUUUAACUCCUAAAGCACACCUUACCUCUGAGCGUUUGGGAGAGAUCUUAGUCUAACAUCUGAUUUGCUCCUAAAGCCUUUCUUUACUAUCUGUCUAAUUUAAAUUAAUUUCCAUACCUCAGACAUGGUGGCCGAUGGCAAGGCUUUAAAUGAGACACUGAGGGAAGAUCUCAAUUACCUACUCCUCACGUCCCCUUUCCUCGUCUCCUUCUCAAAACCCAUUGGAGGAGAAGGUCCAAAUGGAGGGACCUCUGGCUUUCUCAUCCAGUGGGUUUUGAGUUGGCGAGAGGAUGCCUGGAGAAUGCAAUUGAGAUCAUCCCUGAGGGUCUGGACAUUUCAAUCUGUAAAUUUCAAGACUGUUUUAAAUGUAUUUUAAAUAUAAUCUAACUUCACUGUAGUAUUAUGGUGGAUACCAGAGAUUUGAAUGAUGGAAUAAAAUAUAUAUAUAUAUAUUUUUUAA